UUCUCUUAUUCUUCGUCCGUCAAUUUACCCAAUGUCUUAUCCAAAUUGAGAAGAUAUACUCCAUUGACCAUAAUCACUGAAAAGAAAGAGACAGAUGUCACUAUUCACCAAUUUUUCUAGGUCCGAUCCUCGUGCUAAUCCAAACUUACUCUGCAUUGCUAUUAAUUCAUGAAGGAGGAGGAUACUCAGGAGCUCUUCUCCCAGCUGAAAUGGAUAUAGAGCAGGAUAUUGUCAUUGUGGGAGCUGGUAUUUCCGGCCUGACUGCUUCUUUAGCUCUUCACAGAUAUGGAUUGCGGAGCUUAGUUUUGGAAUCAUCAGAGUGUUUAAGAACAACAGGAUAUGCUCUUACUCUAUGGCCUAAUGCAUGGAGGGCACUGGAUGCUGUUGGUGUUGGAGAUCAUCUUAGACAGCACUCUGUACCAUUUCGCGGGAUUCAAGUUGGUUCUGUGGAUACAGGCUUCCCAACAGGCGAGCUUGCCUUCGAACAAAAUAAGUAUGGAAAACAUGAAUGUCGUCGUGUCAGAAGAAAAGGGCUACUUGAAGCCUUAGAGAAAGAGCUGCCACAAGGGACUAUCUGGUAUUCUUCCAAGGUUGUUUCAAUUGAGGAAUCAGGACACUCAAAGUUGGUGCAGCUGGCUGAUGGCUGUGUUAUCCGAACCAAGGUCGUGAUUGGCUGCGAUGGAGUCAAUUCAGUUGUUGCAAAGUGGUUAGGCCUUCCGACACCAAUCAGCGCUGGGCGAUCAUCAAUUAGGGGCUUUGCAGAGUAUCCGGCUGGCCACUCCUUUAAGCCAAACUUUUAUAUAUAUUUUGGAGGCGGGGUUCGCUUUGGAUUUGUUCCCUGUGAUGACAAAAGCAUAAGUUGGUUUUGCAAUUUUAAUCUAUCUAAUGCAACUUGGCAUCAAAAUAUGUCGGAAGAGCCAGUUAAAUUAAAGGCAUUUGUAUUAAGCAAAAUUGUCAACAUUCCAAGGGAAGUAUCAGACAUUGUACAAAGAACUGAAGUCGGAUCAAUUUCCUGUGCUGAGCUAAAAAUGAGACUGCCAUGGGAUAUUUUGCUAAGGGAUAUAGCAAAAAGUAGCAUUUGCGUGGCUGGGGAUGCCCUUCACCCGAUGACUCCAGAUCUUGGACAAGGUGGCUGUUCAGCUUUGGAAGACGGUGUUAUCCUUGCCAGGUGCAUUGGAGAAUCUUUCCUGAAGAUACCGAGGAAAGAUGUUGGAGAUGGAAAAGAAGAUGUUGAUCCAAAAGUGGUGGCAUUCAAGAAAGGCGUUGAGAACUAUGCCAAAGAGAGGAGAUGGAGAAGCUUUAGCCUCAUAGCUGCUGCCUAUGCGAUUGGUUUCGUCCAAGCGAGUGAGAAUAAGUUCAUUUGUUUCUUGCGAGAAAAAUUCUUGUCCAUGUUAACUGUUGCUGCCGUGCUGAAGAUGGCUGAUUUUGAUUGUGGAAACCUUGAUAUCUAUCGACGAUUUUCCUGACUGUCAAGCAGAGCAUCUGUCUAUCGACAAUUUGGAAAGUUCUUCAAGCUUUCAAGUUACAUUCCCAUAAAGGUGAAAUUACGAAGGGUUCUGGUUUUCUUCUUCUAAACCAAAAGAUACAUCUGUAUUUGUGUGGAUUGAACAGCAACCCCAAACAGUUUUAAUCAACUUUAAUACCCCAUGAA